GCAUUUCGGUGUGACCUCUACUGCCGUUGAAAACACUUGCCAGCGGAGGUUGAAGCGUUGAUUUUCUGACGAUGUAACUCAUCCCUGUGAGGGUGCUGUGGCAGUUUCUGACCCCUUAACCCCCUUCGUUUUAUGCACAGCCACUGCAAGAAGGGCUUAUGUGCUCCUCGCCGCUCGGUUUUCGCGUCGGGGUGCUGCGUGUUGCUGCGGUCGAGUCCGUUUUAGCUGCACUGCAUCAACAUGGGUGUGAUUGGUGUGCAGCUAGUGGUUACCAUGGUAAUGGCCAGUGUAAUUCAGAAGAUUGUACCUCAUUAUUCCUUUGCAAGAUGGCUACUCUGCAGUGGCAGUCUGCGGUGGUAUCAGCACCCUACGGAAGAUGAGUUGAGGAGUUUAGCUGGGAAACAAAAAGGACAGAAAAAGAAAGACAGGAAGUACAAUGGUCAUAUCGACAGUAAGCCAUUAACUGUUCCAAAGGACAUAGACCUACAGCUGGAGACAAAAUGCAUCACUGAAGUGGACACAUUAGCAUUGCACUACUUCCCUGAGUUCCAGUGGCUGGUAGAUUUCACGAUAGCAGCAACUGCUGUCUAUCUGAUAACGGAGCUUUACUACAGUGUGGCUCAGCCCUCCCGAGAGAUGAACAUCAGCGUGGUCUGGUGCCUACUUGUACUUGCCUUUGUCAUUAAGACGCUUUUCUCUCUAACGGCGCACUACUUCAAGCUGGAGGAAGGCGGUGAACGAUCACUCUGCAUUACUUUUGCUUUCUUUUUUUUUGUCAAAGCCAUGGCCAUUCUCAUUGUCACUGAAAACUAUCUGGAAUUUGGUCUGGAGACAGGUUUUGCAAACUUUUCGGACAGCGCGCAGCAGUUUCUGGAGCAUCAAGGCCUAGAGUCACAGGGUCCAAUAUCAAAACUCACCUUCAAGUUGAUCCUUGCCUUGCUCUGCUCUUUAAUAGGAGCUUUUCUAACGUUCCCUGGUCUACGACUUGCUCAGAUGCACCUUGAUGCACUAAAUCUAACCACAGCAAAAUUUACACAAACUCUGCUUCAUAUCAACUUCCUGUCCCCCCUCAUCAUGCUCCUGCUGUGGGUGAAGCCUAUUACCAAGGACUAUAUAAUGAACCCCACUCUGGGAAAGGAGAGUGUGCCUUUGAUGACUGAACAGACAUAUGAUACUUUGCGGUUAUGGGUCAUCAUACUAAUGUGUGUGCUCCGGCUCGCCCUGAUGAGACGUCAUCUUCAGGCCUACCUCAACCUGGCACAGAAGAGCAUGGACCAGAUGAAGAAGGAAGCAGGGCGAAUAAGCACUGUCGACCUGCAGAAGAUGGUUGCACGUGUUUUUUACUACUUGUGUGUAAUCGCACUACAGUAUGUGGCGCCUUUAGUGAUGCUGCUACAUACAACGUUCCUGCUAAAAACCUUAGGUGGUCACUCCUGGUGGUUCUAUCCUGAAGAAGACCUACCUUGCACCCAUGAAAUGAACUCUGUGAUGGCAGCAGACCCAAUAGUGCCAUCAGCACCAGCUUCAGUGGUAGAAACGGGUGCCCGGGCAUCAGUAGCCCAACUUUCAGUGGCCCUUGGGGGCCUGCAGACUGUUUUUAGCCCCUUACUUUUCCGGGGCCUCUUCUCCUUCUUCACUUGGUGGAUUGCUGCCUGCCUCUUCUCCACCUCCCUUUUUGGCCUCUUUUACCAUCAGUAUCUAAUGGCAGCAUAGCAACAGCAAUCUAUCAGGGGCAUCCAUUCCCUCCACAGUGCUGCUGUGUGCUCAGCCUGCUCAGAGAGGACUGGGUGGGCCAGCAGAGGCCCAGUAGUGACUCUGCUCCAUGACUCCUCCUUCUCCAUGUCUCUGACAGCCUCACAGUGACUGGUCAUAUCAUCACAGGUCCUUGUUUGACUCCCAGUGCUUCCUCCACAAAUGACUGUGAAAUGUUGUUGUUUAUUUCUAUGAACAUCUUUUUUUUUUUUAUUGGAGAAACAAAGGUUUGAAAUCUUAAGAAAUUGUAUAACAAGAAUAUUAAUCUGGGUCUUCACCAAAUUGGUUUAGUGAUGGGGGGAGGGAGGUCCAAGCUUCUGUAGGAAAAUUGAAUGAUAAAACACUCUUAAUGCUGAUUAUAUAUAUACUUUUUUUAUGUCGAGAUGUGACCCGUCUCUUCCACUCAGUUCUGCCAUAUUUAUGGAUCUCGGAGCUUAUAUUUUUAAUCGGUGGUGUUUUGUUUACGACAUGUAGUGAUUCUAAUCCUCUAACAAUUUCCGAUUUGGGAUGUAAAAAAAGAUCAUAAGUUAAAGUUUCAUGCAGGCCAAUAGGAGUUUGGUUUCAGUGUUGCCUCCCCCAUUUUCAGUGGUUACCAACAGCUCGUAGAAGAAUUGGUAAUAAACUGCACCAUGAACUGAUACAUUUCUGGAAGUAGUAAUGACUAGAUUCAUGCAGUUAAGAGCCUUGAAAUUAAAAGUUAAGCAGCUUUCAAUAUUCCAGUUUUUAUCUCGCAUCUUAAUUGUGCUAAUAUUCCUGUGUGAUGCGUUGUGAGCGAUGCAAGAAGCUGCAUUUUUUUUGGAUCACAGUAUAUCACUGAAUCCAGCUAAUCUGACCUAAUCUGAUAAAAUCACCUCAAAUGUCUUAUUUUGUUUUGUUUUGUUUUGUUUUUUUUAUAAAGGGGGAAACAAAUGACGUCCAUACUCGUUGGGCUAUAUGUUUGUCCCCCCCCACCUCACAGUGUCUAACAGACUCUCCAAAUCUUUUGUAGAGGACCGGUGUAGGGGAGGAGGAGAGGGCAACGGCCUGCUGGUUUCCCCAGUCUGGUUGAAAAGAGCCUCGAUCUAACGGGGGUUAUAGGUGGACAGCAAGAACUGAACCUGUGGAGGAGCAAGAACAUGUCAAAUUCAUGGGAAGACAUCUCACAUCAGUGUGUGUUUAAUUCAACUUGCCAUAGAAGACAAACCAGAAUGGAGUUCCAGUAGAUUUCAUGUCUCAUUUUAACUUUCCUGAUUUAACUGAGCCAUUUUAGCAGCUAUGACAGAAUUUUAAUGCUGUUUUUAGCAGUACAUAUGACUACGGGAGGACGAGCACCUAGGCCUCAGUCAGGUUACGUGCUUCUGUCCGUGUGUCUGUCUGCAUGUAUGUGAUCUCUGGUGUAGGUCUCAACAGGGCAUUUUGAACAAGAGAUAACGCUUAUUGACUGGGUAUGUUUUUUUGUUUGUUUUUUUUGGAGGGGGGGUUGUUUUGUUUUAUGUGAGGGGUGUUUUGUGUUCUUUUUACAGCAAAUCAAAUUGUGCAUUUGUAAAAUUUCAUAUUUUUUACAAUGGUGCCAAGUAAGUCUCCUCUCACCCCCGGUCUCAGUUACAGUAGGCUUUGUGUCCACUCGUGUUUAAAAACUGUACUACAACUGCGGCCUUCAGUUUUCUGUAGAUCCAUCUUGAUACUUGGGGAAUCAGUAGUUUCUUGGUUAUAAAAGGACGUCGAGUAUUUACUGAGUCUUUGUAUACUGUAGUUCUUUGGUGGGUAAAUGUACGCACAAACAGUCAUUGAACUGAUGACGCACUGGUCAACGUGAUUGUCCAGUCUUAUCAGGAAUGUAGGGUACGUGGUGCAAGGUUAAUUACAAAUUUCACAUGUUUUGCUCUUCCGGCCUGUCGGAUUAUCUUUGAGCUUCAUAUACAACAGUGCUGAAACUUAAAAAUUCCCUUCGGGUUUUGGACACAACACAAAAGUCCAGCAUCACCAUAUCAGCAUUUCUGAGCUCUUGAUGUCAAAAAGUCUUAGCUUUAGCUUGUGUCCGUUUUGAAAUGAUGGGGAAUAUGCACAUAAUGAAUGUAUGAAUCCUGCCUAAUUUCUAGAUUGUUUUCAUGAAAAUUUUUUGUAAGGUGUGUUGAUUAACCACCCCCACCCUCCACCCCAAUCCUGCACUUCUCGAACUAUUGAUUUGUUUAACGUGUUUAAUCUGCCUCUUUAAAUGAAAAAAGAACUAAUUUAUCCUAAUAACUAUUUUUAUGACUUGAUUUGUCUUUGUUGUCUUUUUUUUGUAUUUAUUACUUAUAUUGAGGCCUGUAAACAUUUCUAAUUUUAGUACCAAGCCCUUUAUUUUGUUGUCUGAGUGCAUGAUGACUAAAAUCAGUUAAAAAAAAUAAUGUUCGACAAAUCAGUUACGAUCAACAUUUCUUUGAAGUGGUUGGUUAACAGUUCGGAAAUAAGAGUUCAUUGGCCUAAUCAGGCUUCAGUUAGUUACUGAAAGUGUUUAUUACACAUUGCUGGGUUCACAAAGUCAAUUUAUACACCUUGUUGUCUCUUUCAUGUAUUUAUUUCAACAUUAGAUUUUAUCUUAAAUAAAUUAUGUUCUUUA